UUUACGUAUUUUUCUUCUCUUCAUACAGUGCAGCAAAGCCUAAAAAGGAAGGAAAGACACUCGGGAAGAACAACUUCUACACUUUCAUGCUCUCUCUCUUUACCAUAUUCAGUCUCUCUCUGUGUCUCUUUUCCGGAGUUCAAUACAUUAUCUAUUCUCUUUGUUAUUACUCGCGAUAAUUCCACGCGAACAGUUUCAUUCUCUCUCUCUCUGUCUUGCUCUGUCCCUGCUGCUAGGCACAAAGAAAGCUCACUCUCUCUCUAGACCCUUUUUGUAGAACUGUGUGUCAGAGAGUUUAAUGGCUGGGAAGCCCAUACCAGGCAUCUUCCCGUUUAUUUUUCGCAAAGUGUCUACAGAAGUUUUCUAGUUUACCAUUUUUCUUGCUUCACUAUACUCUCAACUUUGCAAUUUUUUUCCCGCCUCUUCUGAAAGAUUAUCUGCAAUCGGACAGCUUCGAAGUUACCAAAAGACAAGAUUUUUGCCUCUUCAGUGCUUGUUUUCUGGGUUUCUCUGAGGUUUGAAGACCUUGAUUUGAUUCUUGGAUGAAUAGUAAUUUUCAAGAUAAUUGUGACUUGCAAAAGGAGAAUUUUUCACGCCUUAGGAAUUUGCUGAGUUGAGGUAAGAAGUUAUUCCUCACAUUGCUUCAAUUAUUGGUUGUGGCAGCUCAGGAGUGUGUAGACCAUAGAGGCUGGCUCUCUGUAUGAUGGAGUCAUCAUCAUCAUCAGGAUCGACGAAGAGGGCUCGAGCCACGAGCACUGGAGCCCUAGCCCCUUCAUGCUUGGUUGAUGGCUGCACUUCAGACCUUACUAAAUGUAGGGAUUAUCACCGACGCCAUAAAGUAUGCGAAAACCACUCUAAGACCCCAAAGGUUACAAUUAGGGGUCAGGAACAACGUUUCUGCCAGCAGUGCAGCAGGUUCCAUUCCCUGGGAGAAUUCGAUGAUGGAAAGCGCAGCUGCAGGAAACGUCUUGACGGACACAAUCGACGCCGUAGGAAGCCUCAACCGGAUUCUCGGCCCUCAAAUUCAGGAAGGUUCCUCUCCGGUUAUCAAGGCACCACAAUCUUAACAUUCAGUAGUCCACAAAUACUUCCGCAAGCUGCUGUAAUGAGCUCUGCUUGGCUUGGACCUGUCAAAGCUGACACUGAUGCUGCUGUGAUUUGCAACAGCUAUUCGCAGAUGAACUUUUGUGACAGAAAAAACUCGGUUAAUCCUGGCUCUUUAUCCCACAAUUACAAAGGAGGAAAGCAGUUCCAAUUCUCACAAGCCUCUAGUUCCUCCCUCCCCGGAGCUUCUGUCAGCUGCCAUCCUCUUCCAGAAGCUAAUUUUGCAUACAGCAAUGCCGGCAGCAGUCAGAAAGUGUUUUCUAUUGAUCGAGGCAUCGACGACUCUAACUGUGCUCUCUCUCUUCUGUCAUCAACACCAGCUGAGGCUCGGCAGGUUGGUAAUUUGGGCCACAUGGUGCAGUACUUCAACCCCAUCACCCCACCUCAGUCCCUAGUCCCCAGUCUGCACUACAACAAUGGCUUGAGAAUGGAGGGUAAGCCAGUUUCUUCUGCAUUAGUUAUUGAUAGCAGCAGCAGCAAUGCCAACCUCCAUUGCCAGGAUAUGUUUUCCAUUUGGCCUGAUGGGUCGUCUGCAACCGGGCCUCACCACCAUACACAUUCCUUCUUGUGGGAGUAGUAUUAUGCCAUAUCCACCUCCUAGCUCUCCCUUUGGUUGAGCUUUAUUUUUAGCAGAUGAAAGCAACUGUGAGAUAUCAAACGUGUUUAGGAAAUGCAAGAAUUUAUGGUCGCUUAAAGAAGUGAGCUACUCUAUCUUUAUUGCUAUGUGUGAUGAAAUAAAUCUAUAUAUUGAGUU